CUUGGAAGCGAGAAGCUGCGGUUGAGUGGUGUCAUGGCGGCCGCCGAGGAAGGGGAUGCGACCGGGGAACCAGCAGUGGUGGAGCGCGGGCCGGGGGCGCUGUAUCACAUGUUUGUCAUGAUGGAGGAUCUGCUGGAGAAGUUGAAGCUACUCAACUACGAGGAAGAGGCAGCGUUGCGGAGCCACAACAUGAGACCGCCUUCCCGGCAUUACUUUGCAUUGCCUAUUAACCCAGGUGAACAGUUCUACAUGUUUUGUACCCUUGCUGCUUGGCUGAUUAAUAAGGCAGGGCAUCCUUUUGAACAACCACAAGAAUAUGAUGACCCAAAUGCAACAAUAUCUAGCAUACUUGCAGAGCUGCGGUCCUUUGGAAGAACUGUGGAUUUUCCUCCCUCAAAGUUAAAGGCUGGUUAUGGAGAACAAGCAUGCUAUGUUCUUGAUUGUUUGGCAGAAGAAGCCUUGAAAUACACAUCCUUUAGCUGGAAAAGGCCUACCUAUCCUACUGAGGAACUAGAAGAAGAAACAAUAACAGAAGAUGAUGCUGAAUUAACUCUUAAUAAAGUAGAAGAAAUAAUUGCGGAAGAAGAGACAGACAAUGAAGAAAAUUAUAUUGAUCUGAAUGUUUUAAAGGCACAAACUUACAAAUCAGACACACUUGAGUCUAAACAGGAAGAGAUUUUAGAAUCUAAAGUAGAUGCAGCUGAGUGGAACCUUGAAGUAGAACGUGUUCUUCCUCAGUUAAAAGUCACAAUCAGAACAGAUAAUAAGGAUUGGCGAAUCCACGUGGAUCAAAUGCAUCAGCACCAAGAUGGAAUUGAAUCAGCUUUAAAAGAUACCCGUGGCUAUCUUGACAAGCUUCAUAAUGAAAUCAGCCGAACUCUGGAAAAGGUUAGCAGUAGAGAAAAGUAUAUUAACAAUCAGCUCGAGCAUUUGGUUCAAGAAUAUCGUUCUGCACAGGCGCUUUUGAGUGAGGCCAAAGAGAAAUAUCAGCAAGGAAGUGGUGGUGUGACAGAGAGGACAAGAAUUCUGUCUGAGAUUACUGAAGAAUUAGAGAAAGUAAAACAAGAAAUGGAAGAAAAGGGAAGCAGUAUGACUGAUGGAGCUCCAUUAGUAAAGAUAAAACAGGCUUUAACCAAACUGAAGCAAGAAACCAUUCAGAUGGACAUACGAAUUGGUGUAGUGGAACAUACAUUACUUCAAUCAAAGUUGAAAGAAAAAUCAAAUAUGACAAGAGACAUGCAUGCUACCAUAAUUCCAGAUUCUUCGAUUGUUGGUGUACAGCUGUGCCUAUGGACAAAGUGGCUUAAAUAAGGUAUGUACUACAUUCCUGCAGCUGGAGGACCAUAC